GAGGAUACAGCCGGGAUGCAACGCAGUGCCGCGUGAAAAUCAAGGAGCUGAGACAAGGCUACCAGAAGACCAAAGAGGCAAACGGACGCUCCGGAUCCCAUCCCCAGACAUCCCGUUUCUACGAGGCACUGCAUUCCAUCCUCGGUGCGGCCGCCACCACUACCCCACCACUGACCGUGGACUCUGAGGAUGGGAUAUUGUCCACGGCCGGUUCCUCGGACAUGUUAGCGGACGGGGAAGAUGAGGAAGGAGAUGAGGAGGGCGAGGCAGUCGGCAGCGCUCACAACGCUGAUUUCCCCGACAGCCAGGAUCUCUUCAUCACCCUUACAGAGAUCCCCUACGAAGCGUCCCCAGCCGUUACCCCGGACACAGAAUCUGGGGAAGGAUCAUCCAGUAAGUGUUGUAAACAUCUAAACAUUUAUUUUUAACAGAACAGGAAUAUUAACAAUUAAAAGAAUGGGUUGUUCAUGAUUACUUUGCCCUAGGCACUUAACGGUUCAGUCAUGGGCAGUGCAAGUUUUGAAAAAAAAUCUAGCAAUGUCCGGUUUUCCGUGAUUGUCCUGCCCAAGCCGCUCUACUGUUUAGUCCCUGCUACUGCAGCUAGAGUAAAAUGCGGUCUAUAUGUGCAGGGAUAGAGCAGUAAUCCUCCCGGGACAUCUCGAUGAAGCUCUCCUGGAGGUAAUUGGAAAGCCGUUGCAUGAGGUUCCUGGGGAGAGCGGCCUUAUUGGGUCCUCCGAAGUACGACACGUUGCCGCGCCACGAGACUAUCAAGUACUCGGGAAUCAUUGCUCUGCACAGCAGGGCGGCAUACGGCCCUGGUCUUUGGAGGCUUUCCCGGAGCAUUCUCUCUCUCUCGCUGUCAGAGAUCCUCAUCAGGGUGAUGUCGCCCAUGGUGACCUGCUUUGAAUUAGCCACAUCUGCGACUGUCUCACAACGUAGCCUGGCAUCACACUCCCAGAGGCUAGCGAAGAUUAGGCAUAGGAAGAAGAGGACACGGGAGGACAUGUUCUCUGAACUUAUGGCCUGUUCCCAAGCCCAGGCAGCACAGCAGACCCAGUGGCGGGAGAAAUUGACCCAAAUGCAGCAAGCAAACAUGGAUCGGGAGGAGAGGUGGCGGCAGGAAGACCAGCAGGCGACUCAAACGCUGCUUGGACUACUGAGGGAGCAAACAGACAUGCUCCGGCGCCUUGUGGAUGUUCUGCAGGAACGGAGGCAGGAGGACAGAGCCCCGCUGCAGUCCAUCUCUAACCGCCCUCCCCCGCCACCAAGUCCCAUACCCAUCUCACCCAAAGUGCAAAGAAGGAGAGGCGGCAGAGUCCCUGCUAACUCUCACUCCACCCCUGCAGAGAGCUUUAGUAGCAGAAGGCUCUCAUUCCCCAAAACUUGAAAAGUUCUUUCCUUCCCGCCUGACACAAGCCCCCGUCCAAGUUUCACCUCCCACUUCCAUGUGUAGUUGAUAAUAAAAAAUACGUUUCUGUUAA